GGGGUAUAGCGUAGGGGAGGACUACUUUGUUAUCUAAUAGGCACUGUCCUUCCUACUCUUGGUAUUUAAUCCCUCCCUAUGUAAACAGCUCUGGUUACCCCUGGUUACCUGUAAACACCCCACCCCACUCCCAGUGCCUUGGUAAAUUUAACUCUCCCAACUUGGCUAUAGAGCAGGAAGGGCUGUGUGUGUGUGUGUGUGUGUGUGUGUGUGUGUGUGUGAAGUCCUGACCAGAGACAUCAAAGAUCAUGGGUUCCAGGACCACAAUGAAUUUGGGAAAUCAAUUUCCAUCAUAUAAUGUUAUGUUAUACCUGUGAAUCACACUUGCACCUUCUUACACUUCCCCCAAACAGAAGCUCGAGUCUUCCCAAAGGGAAGGAAGGGAAAAGGACCAUGCUAUGUCUAUUUUUAAGGUGGGGGAAGUCUGCGAAGGGUCUAGGACUCACUAAAGUUGCAUAUGCAGGGCUAGAUGAUAGGUAGGUUUGAUCCUUUCACAAGCCAUCUCUGAUGGCUAGGCGGUCAUGGAGACAUACCCAGGCAGGAGACCCACUCAGAGGCUGAGUCAGAUUUGUCAAGUCUAGCCUAACCUGGGUCAGUGUGAGGAUGAGUACAAUGGGGAUGGGGGUGCUGAUGCGUUUGCUCCAAGGCCACCUGGAGCCUGAAUCAUAGUAGGAACUCGAAGCCAGAAGUUUAAGGGUAAAUGGUGCCCAUUGUCAUUGUCCCAGGGCUAUGACAGGUGGUGACUCCUUCCCAAUCUGUUCCUGUCCCCAGGGUGCUGGAGUGAGGGCCUUGCAAGUGCCUGGGAGAGCACAGAGGUCUUUCUGCCUCAGAGUCUUUAUACAGGGGGCCACAGCUACCCCCAGAGGUUCCUAGGAGACCCCCACAUAGGCAUCCAGGGCUUGUUCUAGGUGCCAAGGCAGAAUGGGAAUGCUAGAGCUAUGCACUCCAGCCCCAUCCAGGAUGUUCCCACUAAAAGCAAUGGGUCCAGCCAGGGACAGCACCUACCUGAGGCCCUGGCACAACUUUCCGGGUCGAGGGAGCUUACCAAGCAAUGCUUUCUAUCGGAUCGUGGGCUGAUGGGUCAAGGAAGGUGGUGGGUACACCCUUAUGAACUCUAGCUAGUACAAGUGAUAAGGCUGGGGAGAAGGGGUGCACUGAGGUGAUGGGAAGACACUGGGGGCUAAGGAGAAGAUGAAAUUGCUCACAAGAUCUGAGUUGCCUGGUUUGAAAGUGUGGUCCGGGCCCCCUGGCUCACAUUCUAAUCCAUACCACCAUGGUCCUUGUUAGGCAGACCCCUGCUCAGCCUGUUUCCUAGCCUGUGGAGGAGUGGAGAUGGGCCUAGCCCCUGGCUUCAAGUUGCACACCUGCCUUUCCCUCACCUUCAUGUCAGCCAAAGCCUGGCGACGCAGCCUAGGCUUCUGGCCCGCGCCAGGGGAGAAAGCUGGAAAGGUAGAGCCUAGGGCCCAAGUCUCUCCUGCUAGCGACGCCACCGCUUCGCGAGCGGACGCGGCCGCUUUAAGGCGCGGUGACCCCCACGACACCCGCGGGCGGGGCGGGGACAGUGCGGGCGUCCGCGGCACCGGCGGAGGCUAACGUGAGGGAGGUAGUGCGCGGCGUCCAGCCCCACCAUGCUGACCGCGUUCGCACCGCCAGCCCUGCCUGGGCUCCCAGGGCGCCUGCCUGAGGUCCCCGCCCGGCGCCAGGACUCCUCCGGUUCGUCAGGUUCCUACCACACUGCUCCGGGUUCUCCAGAGCCCCCGGACGUUGGGCCGGACGCGGAGUGCCGAGCGAAUUGGCCCGGGGUGGCCCCUGCGCUGGGGGCGGGCGCGCAGCCUCGCCUGUCCGUCAGCGCCCAGAAUAGCCGCCAGCAGCUCGGGACCAGCUCGGGUUUCCCGCGAGGCCCGGGCUCCGGCCCGCGGCCACCCCAGCCCCAGCUGCGCAUGCUGCCGUCGGGGGAGAUGGAAGUCAUCUUCGGCGCCGGGGCCCUGUUCAGCCGCUCGGACGCGGCGGAUAGCGAGGUGCAACAGCUCACCGCUCGAGCUUUCCGCAGCCUCUCUCCGCCCGGGCCCUCGACUCCUGCUCCAGCAACACCGACGCCUCAGGCCCCGAACGGUGGCUCCCGCUGGGCCACUUACCUGGAGCUGCGGCCCCGCGGGCCAAGUCCUGCGACCCCAGCGCAGUUCGAGUGUGUGGAGGUGGCGCUGGAGGAACGUGCCGAGCCCGCCAGACCCCGGACUGUGCCCAAGCGUCAAAUUGAGCUGCGCCCCCGACCCCGGAGCCCCCCGCGGGAGGCGGGCGCGCCGCGCCCCCGACUGCUUCUGCGCACUGGCUCCCUGGAUGAGUCUCUGGGCCGCCUGCAGGAAGCCGCGGGUCUAGUGCAGACAGCACUGGCCAGAAAACUAAGCCCUGCGGCCCCUGCCCGGAGCAGCGCCACCUUCGGGCCCACGGGGCGGCUGGAGUGUGCGACCCGGGAAACGGCCCGCAGUACCCGAAAGGUCCUGGAGGAGGCCAGGUCUCGGCCACCCCGCGUGCAUCAUAGUUCAGCCCCCGCCAGGGCACCACGGCCGUGGCCUAGCCUCCGAGAGCGCGCGAUUCGGCGUGACAAGCCCGCGCCGGGGACCGAGCCGCUGGGUCCGGUUAGUUCCAGCAUCUUCCUGCAGUCAGGGGAGAAGAUUCAGGAGGCGCACAGUCAGGAACUCAAGACUCGGUUCCCGCGAGAGACUCUGGAUCGAACCAUCCUGAGAGAACCGUCUCCGCCUUUUGAGUCUAGGGACCCCCGGGAGGUUCCGAGUAAGGCUGGAAAACCUAGGAGCUCGUCCCCACUGUGGCAGGCUCCAAAUGGGACCGUACGGGGUCCUCACUGCCCGUCCCCCCAGAAUCUGCCUCCAUGGAAUCGAGCUAUUCGGAGAGUAAGUAGCCCGUCGUUUCCCGAGGCAUCCUCUGCCUGGGGAAAUCAGGAUCCUGCUAUCGAGGAAACUGUCAGCAGAAGAAGCCCUUCCCCACCGAUCCGUUCUCAGUGGAAUCAGGGUGUUGCCAGAACAAGAAGCCCAUCCCCCGAAGCUCCUUCCCUGUGGGAGGUUCCGAAACCUGCAGUUGGGAAUACCGCAGAGGGCAAUAGGAGCCCGUCCCCGCCGGCCUUGUCCUCACUGGAGGCUCCAGAUCAUACUAAUGGGACGUGGAACCCAUCUCCCCAAGAGACGUGGGAUCCCACACUGCAGGGCUCAUCGAUCGUACCUACAUCGGAAGCUCUAAAUGGGAUAGGACAGGAGGAGCUGGCGCUGCCUAGACCGUCCGCCCCCAGGACCCCCGAGCUCACAGACGCGCAGAGUCCGUCCACGCGGGAGAUGCGGAAUCUUGCCUUCCGAGGCAGUCAGCCGUCGCCAGAAGUGGAUGCACCCGAGCUGCCCCUCAGUCGCCUCGUGGGCACCUUGGAUGCCGAUGUGCACCGGGAAGUCUCGGGCCCUGGAGAAGCAGCCUCGGGACGACCGCGCGUGGCCAUUCCACGGCCCCGCGACGUGCGCAAGAUGGUGAAGACCACGUACGCGCCAAGCUUUCCUCCGGGAACACCAGGUUCGGGGCUGCCUGCGCCUCCGGCGGAACCCCGCGGAGAGGAGGGCGGCUCAUCCAAGACACAAGAGUUCCAGGCGCUGGAGUCCCCAGCCCCAGCUCACUACACUUCUGUUUAUCUGAAGGACUUUCUGCCAGUCGUGACGCACCCCUACGAGCCCCCAGAGCCGUCCCCCGACACAGUCCCCCGGGACGCUUCACAGCCCAACGGGGUCCUGAGGCGGAGAGCAGAGAACAGCACGGCAAAACCCUUCGCGCGCACUGAGAUCCGCCUGCCUGGUGCACUGGCCUUGGGCCGCCGGCGGGAGGGACCUGGGGGAGUCCUGGUGCGCGGUUCUGGCGUAGAGAACCGGGAUGCGGAGGUCCAGCGCCUGGUCCCUGACGGCCAGGGGCGGACCAGCCCUCUAGGAGGCGCUCGCACCUCACCCCAGCAGUCGCCCAUAGGGCCAGCCGGGCCCCAACCAUCCAGACCACCCUGUCCCAGCUCCCCUCAGGCGAACCCUAGCUUGAGCCCUGGGAUAGCACCCAAAUUGGAGACGCCUCGUGUGGCCCCCGAGACCGCGACUGCUGUCCAGUCGUCUCUCCCGCGGGAGCCCCAGGCGUCUGCAGGCAGAAUGGCCCCGCCCCAGCCCCGCGCCGCGUCAGCGCCACCGAUGGACCGGUCCCCAGAAGGCCCUUUCCAGGGGGCGCGGAAGCCACCUGGGACCGCGUAUCCGGGGAAGGUCCUGGUGGACCCCGAGAGCGGCCGAUACUACUUUGUGGAGGCGCCGCGACAGCCUCGGCUACGGCUGCUCUUCGACCCAGAGAGCGGGCAAUAUGUAGAGGUGCUGCUGCCGCCAUCGCCCCCAGGGCCACCCCGCCGCGUCUACACCCCGCUGGCCCUGGGCUCCAGCCUCUACCCGCCCGCCUAUGGGCCUAUCCCCAGCCUGUCGAUGCCGCCAUCCCCGGGCCCGCCGGCCUUCAGCGGCCCCCCGCUACCCUGGGCCUCUGAGGCGGGGCACCUGGACGGGAUGUAUUAUCUGCCAGUGAGUGGAACCCCCAGCCCCGCACCCCCUCUGCUCCUCUGUGCUCCACCCAACAGCUCAGGUUCAGCCCAGCCCGGCAAAGGGUCCUUGUUCCCAGUGUGAGGUCUGAUCCCCCAUGGUGUUGGGGCCUGUUGGUAGCCUUGGAGGUUCUGGCAUCCAGUCCCCUGCCCUUCUUUCCUUCUAUCACCUCUUUCUUUUACUCAUCGCAUCCAGUCUUCAGACCGGAAGUUACCUUCAGAGAAUGUAUCUGAAACUUUGGGACUGAUGGAGCUGGAAUUCAGAAAGUGGCUGCCUACUUCCUCCCCCAACAAAAUUGUAUACUCCUUUCCCAAGCAUUCCCAGAGUGUAGUGUGUUUGUGUGUGUGUAAAAGUGAGGGGUCUCAAGAGUUGUCCCUAGGAGCCAAUUUGAGGGGCUGUUGGGGUUUGCUAGGGGCAACAAGAAAUAGGAGCAGCAGAGGGCUGGGCUGCUCCCAGAGGUAGUGAGCUGUCUGUCCCUCCCUGAAUGGUGGACCCAGCUGAGAUGGAGCAGGCUAGUGAGCACUGGUGGGGUGGAAGGAGAAGGACUCUGGCUAGAAACUUUGUUAUUCUUUGGAAGAGGGUGUGAGCCUUGGCCUGGGAGACUGUGUGGGAAAGUGGCCAGUGCAGCCCCUAGGCCAGGCAGGGUCUGAGAAGGAGAGCUGUUGAGACAGCAGGUGGAGGCAGAGCAAGGAAGUAACAUGGAAGUGGUUAUGGUUAUGGACAGUCAGCCUGGGGAUGGGGGUUGGGUGGGGAGGCAGCUGUAGUCUCCAACUGGGAGCCCAAACUCUCAUCCUCCCCUUAACCUCAGCAUCUGACUUGGCUUCUCUAAGCCCUCAGAGCUGAGCUGGCUCAUCCUAGGGCCAGGAGUGGGGGGGCUUAAGCCAUCCCCACCCAGAGUGGAAAGCAGAUGAAGUGAAUCAUCAGGAAGGACUUACAAGCAGAGAUUCUUGACCAUUCUGGGUUCUGGGUGUAAUGGAGGAUGAGUUAAGGCUGGCAGUAAAAGGGGUGCCCCUGGGGUCGGGAUGAGGGCAGGGACAGAGACAUGGAGCCUCAACUGGUUCAACUGCCUCAGUAACAGUUGUGGCAACCAUGCCCAGAGAGGGGGUGGCUCUGCAGGCUGGGCACAGCAAGGAAGGGCCUGUGUUCUAAUUGCCCUGAGAUUGUAGGAGCCUCUGAGGAGGCCUGAGAGAGAUGAAUGGGGUAGGAGAUGCUCUGCAUGGGGGUCUGUGUGGAGUUCUGAGCUUGAAUUGGCAGAAGCUUGUAGAACUGAUAAGUGAUGAUGUGAUGAGUUUGUGGAAGAAGAGUUCCCAUUAGAAGCAGUUGUUGGGGACAGAGAUGGAUGCCUUACUUAGGUUCCAGGCCUCUGGGGGGUCUGGGUCCCUUGAAGUCUACCUGUCUGCCUCUCUGCCUUGGACUGGAAGCUGACCAGGAGAACUAUGAGUAGAAUAACCUGAACAUCUUCUUAUGGCCAGAGAUGCUGGUUCUGAUGACAUGAAGGGCCCUGGGCUGCUCCUGGUCCCCUCACCUCAUCCUGGUGUGCAAUAAAUCACUGACCCAAUGA